AACUUGUCGUUAUUAGAAGUCAUCCUUGAAGUACACCCACUUCAUUGCAUCAACCGCAGUCAAGUCCAAUACAAUCGAGAUGGCCGAAACGAUAGAGCCGACGAACACGUCGGGGGAACCGCCCAACCCGGCUCCUGAGGCGACCGAUAUACCCUCGGCCGAUACUACGCAGACUGCCGACAACUCACUUCCACCGAUAGACACGUCUCUGCCUCCGAUCGAUGCCACGAUGCCGGCUAUGGACGACCACUUGCCUAGUCUAGACCACGCGCUUCCCCCGAUAGACACGACGAUACCGUCGUUACCGCCCAUUGACACUUCGCUGCCACCGCUGGACACUACCUUGCCGGCUACGGACACGAAUCUAGCGGGGGACCCCGAUUUUUCCUUUGACACCAAGUCGUUAAACAACGACGGCCAUGUGUCCGAGGCUACGAAUUCGGCGCCCGGGACUAGCUACGACUUUACCGAACCGUCCGGCCAGUCUUCAACUCCGGCUCCUACGUACCAAUCUCCCGCGAAUGGCACCCAGCUUCAGCCGGCGCAGCAACAGUCGCAGACGCCACAGGGCCAGCCUCAACAGCCACAGCCGCAGUAUCAUCAACAAUAUGGGCAGCCAGCGCAGCACUCGCCCUCUCAGCAUGCUCCACAGCAGCACCAGCAACAUGCGCAGGGACAGCCCCAGCAACAAUACCAGCAGCACCAGAGUCCUGAUAUGUACAGCCAUCAGGGGCAUUCGACAUCGAUGAACAACCCUUCGAUGCAGACGAUGGAUCCCCACUCCGUCCCAGGACAGUCCUCGCAGAUCCCCCAGGCUCCCAUCGGCUCGCCGAUGCCAUCCAACAUGCCCCCGAUGGCAUCAGUGGGCCAGUACAUGACGGGAUACCCGACCAAUGUCGGACAGAUGGGGAUGGGCACGAAUGCGCAGAUGCGCUACCAGUUACCAGGAGACCCGAACAAGCUGCUGUCGGGGGGGAGGCAUAAAAAAGAGGUGAAGCGGCGGACGAAGACGGGGUGUCUCACAUGUCGCAAGCGACGGAUCAAGUGUGACGAAGGGCAUCCCGUUUGCCGUAACUGUGUGAAGAGCAAGCGUGAAUGCUUGGGCUACGAUCCGGUGUUUAAACAACAGCCUACGCCCUCGGCCAUCCAGCCGGCUCCCAACCCUCAUCCGUCCUUGGUGGUCAAUCCUCAGGAUCCAUCGACGUCCUAUCCCGCCGCCCCUCCGGGUUACAUGCCAGCAGCUUCCCAACCCUUUGCUCCGUCCGAGUCGCCCGCCCCGCCAAGUGAACAAUACAAUUACGGCACCGCCAUUGAUCCGUCGCUGGACGUGAAUAACUCGUCGAACAUGGCUAGCAUCCAGCAUGCUGUGGAGGGGGGCUUGCAGCCGACGGUCAAUCCGGCCAUGACCAACACCAGCGGCACCCCGUCGGAGCCGACCAACAUCAGACUCAAACAAGUCCAGAUCAGCGAUCUCCUUGCGCUCCGCGGCAUUCCUCCCCCACCUCCUCACCCGAUCACCUCCCUCCCCCCCAAUCGUCUGGAAGAAAUCCAAGCUGUCUUUCUGGCGACAUACGCCCCCGCCAUUGACAAGUUCUUCGAGACUCGCUGGUUCCAGGAGAAGGCGCUGUCACAUCUUCUGGCGAAUGCACAACUCAUGGCCGAAUACUCCGCGCUGAUCGAUGCGUUCAACGACCCCAACCUGGCUGAUCCGAAUGUGCUUGCCCGGCUGGAGAGCUUCGAAGCGUCGGUUGUCUGGAGCUCCAUGACCCUGUGCCGCCAUGUGAUGAACGUGUCCUCGAGGGCCCAGCCGGAAUAUGACCUCCUGGCUGCUGCCAAGCGGUUGGAUGUCAUCGAGGCGAUGAUCACUGGGGAAUAUCUGGACGCGAACCCCCUGGGCCAGUUCCCGGCCCGGGAGCCCGCCGCCAACCCUCCCUCGCUGCCCGACCAGCUCAUGCAGCGGUCUUUGGAUUUCUGGACCGCGAUCGGGCACUUCCUGACGCUCCAUGACAACGAAGCCAGCUCUGCCAAGGAGAUUGACGACACGCUGGCGCGAUGCCGCACGUUGCUGGAUACCUUUGAGAACCGGGAUGUGAUAUACUCGAUUGCGAUUGCGCGCCAUCUGGGCCAGCGGUGGGCGGACUUUCCCCGCAGCUUCCCGCAACCGAUCCCGACGAACGAAAAGGACGCGGGGGCGAAGCUCUAUGUGGCGCAGAAGUUCCUGGAGCAGGAGGCGGGCGGGAAGGGCACGACGCAGGUGAUCAAGCGCCUCUGCGGGAUGGUGGUCCGGUCCUGGAUUGUGUCGCGGGAGUAAACCCGCGGGGCAACACUGACGAUACACUUUCGACCUGUAAUAUGAAAAGCGAUUGGCGACUACCGUUUGACGAUGUUUAACUAGACCUAUUUUCUUUGCUCUUGCUCAUUUGUUAGCUUUACCUGUUAUCCUUGUGGCCCGACGGCUUGGUUAGUCUGGGUCCAUCAGUCGGGGAACGGGGAAGACGUCGCAUCACGACUCCGGAGUUGAUUGCUCAGGUUUGUCUGCAGCUGGAUGGCAGUUCACGGCGUUACGGCUGCAUCGUUCGAAAAGGUGGUGAUUCUGUUCCUUGCCUAAUU